ACUGAUUAUCAAUUUGAUUUGCUAAUCUUCAUAAGUACCUCGCUCCUCUCUUUAUCCUCAAAUUAUUCAGUACUCAGACUCUCCACUCACAUUCCCACCUAGGGCUGCUCUGUUAGUAGAAUUACAUCAGCAAUUGCAGUAACAUCGCCGCCACCUGCCGUUUUACAUAGUUGAAUUUGUGCAUUUCAUAUAAAGCCAUCAUGUCUAUUGUUACCAAAGGUAUUUUUAUCGUUGGAGCCAAGCGCACACCAUUUGGAACUUUUGGAGGAUCAUUCACCAAAACCACAUCCUUAGAAUUGCAAGAAGUUGCCGCUAAAGCAGCCUUAGCCGCUGCUAAUGUGAACCCAGAAAAUGUUGACUCCGUCGUUGUCGGAAAUGUUCUAGCUAACACUGCACCUGAUUCCAACUUCUUGCCUCGACAUGCAGCCUUAAGGGCAGGAGUCCCAAUAGAAAAACCGGCUCUUGGUGUCAAUCGCUUGUGUGGCUCUGGUUUUCAAUCGAUCGUCAGUGGAGCACAGAGCAUAUUAGUUGGUGAUUCAGAGGUCGUCCUCACAGGAGGAACUGACAAUAUGAGCCAGGCUCCUUUCUCUGUCAGAAACAUUAGGUUUGGCACAUCUCUUGGCACCAAGAUUGAAUUUGAGGAUACCCUUUGGACAGGUCUCACUGAUACGCACUGCGGUUUGCCCAUGGCUCUCACUGCAGAAAAGCUCGGAGAACAGUUUUCUGUCACCCGCGAGGAGUGUGACAAAUUUGCAUACAGAUCUCAGCAACAGUGGAAAAAAGCUCAAGAUUCUGGAGUUUUCAAGGAAGAGUUGGCACCUGUCCAAGUGAAAGCGAAAGGAGGAGUAAAAUCGAUAGAAGUUGACGAGCAUCCAAAGCCGGAGACAAGCCUAGAAAAAUUAGGAAGAUUACCAACGAUCUUCAAAAAGAAUGGUCUUGUCACUGCCGGCUCAGCUUCUGGGGUUUGCGACGGUGCUGGAGCUGUUGUAUUAGCUAGUGAAGAUGCGGUUAAGAAGUAUAAUUUAAAACCCCUAGCCAGACUUGUAGCAUAUGCCAUCGUUGGUGUUGAGCCAAGUAUCAUGGGUAUUGGACCAUCCCCCGCAAUCAAGAAUCUCCUGAAGACUGCCAAUAAAUCCUUAAAUGACAUCGAUUUAGUUGAGAUAAACGAAGCUUUUGCUGCUCAAACACUUUCCUGUGCCAAGGACCUAGGAUUAGAUUUAGAAAAAUUGAAUGUUAACGGUGGAGCCAUCGCUCUGGGGCACCCGUUAGCUGCGUCUGGUGCAAGAAUCACAGCUCACCUCGUACACGAAUUAAGGCGUAAAAAUCUGAAACUUGGAGUUGGCUCUGCAUGCAUCGGAGGAGGUCAAGGUAUUGCACUCCUCGUAGAAAAUGCAAGCUGAUUUGAAAAGGAUGUCCUAUUGAAUCAGUCUGAAGAAUGAUCAUAAUUGUUCGGUGUUGGCGUCAGGUGUUGAAGACUGAUUAUUGUAUCGUUGUGUAUUAUUUUUAUUUUUUUUACAAAUGUGUUAUCUCUUGUUAGGUUUAAGUGUUAUAGAAUUUUAAUGAUAUCUACUAACAAUUUUAGAAUUUUUAGAUUAUUCCUUUUUUAAAAAAAAGAAAAAAAAGAAAAGACGUUAUACUGAUCAGAGAGUAAGUUUAAUUGUAUUUUUGUACUGAAUUUUACAAGUUUUUUUUACAGUUUAAUGCCAAGAAUCAUCGCUUUUAUCGUACUGUAAUUCAGAAACGUGUGGGAAAUCGUUAGCCAAACCCACGACGGUGAAUAAAUGCCAAUUAUCAUUCAAA